CUGAAAUGGUGAGCCAAAUUUCGCCGAGCUUGGGGACAAAAGGAAGGAGCCUGGAGCUCGCCGCAGCGGCGCUGGCUUGCUGGCUAAUGACUCAAUGUUCUAGUUAACUGAACGUAGCGACGACCUUGAAGCAUGUCAAUGCCGAACCAUGUUAGCCAAAAACAUACGAAGCACAAUGGUUUCCAGCAGACGAAUCAGAAGCCGCAGGGUAGUAUUGAGCUGACAAGAGCCGUGACCGCAUGCUCUCAAGUCGACCGGGUUCCAGCGCAAGGAAUCGGGCCAACGCCGUUGAGUGCACUUGCUUACCUUUAUUUGUUCUGCGGUCGGUCCCCAGCAGAUGAUGAGCGCGAAGUUCGCGCGCUCCUGACCUCGUACAUCGUUCAUUACACGUGCUGACAGACAUCGAUUCUCGCUCAAUCACCCUUGGGACCUUCGAAGAAAGUUGAGCGACGGCUGAUUUUGGUCGCUCGACAAUGCGCGUCGGACUGUUUUAUUGAAUGCGUGCUAUGCUGAAGUAAUGUGAUGAUUAGCCAUUCACUCACAGAAAAUACUGCUUGCGUGUAUACGUCGUUUGGGUAUCUGAGCGCUUGAAAGGG